AUGAACAAUUCCAAUUUUGAAAAUUCUUUAUCUACAUGUAUGCCGUAUUUUUUAAACAAUAAUAUAAAUUUAAACAUUGAUAAAGAUAAAAAUAAUAUAAACAUGAUAAACAAUAACAACGGUAAUAAUAAUUGUCCCUCUUUUAUAAACAAUGGAAAUGAGCAAAAUAAUUCAAGUUUUAGUCAAAUAAAUAAAAAUGAAGAAUCUAUUGACAUCUUAGUAAAUCAAAUGGAAAGUUCCUUUAGCAUAAGUACAAAUAUAAUAAAGAAUGUAAGUAAUUUACUUGAAAGUUCAAAAAUUGAAGAUAAAAUAAAAGGUAUUAGAUUAGUAUAUGCUUCAUUGCAUUAUAAAUAUAAAAAUAAUAAUGAUUAUAAAAAAAAUUUAUUAAAUAGAGGAUGUACUAUGCUAAAUAUUCAGGAUAAAAAUACAAACGAACAAAAUGAUUCGGAAGCAAAUAAUAAUAAUAAUAGCAACGACCUUAAUAAUAACAACAGUAACAAUAAUACAAUGAGUAAUCCUUUUUUUCAAAAUAAUUAUAAUAAUAAUGAUCAUAUGAAUGAUGGAAUAAAUACUAAUAACAAUAAUAACACGAACAAUUGUAAUAGUAACGAUGGGUUAAAUAAUUAUGGAAAUAAUACGCCAAUAAAUUUUAAAGUUUUAAAUUCAAUGAUAUUUACUAAUUGUAAAAGCAUAAAUGAUGUGGAUGAGUAUUUUCAUUUAUUAGAUAAAUGCUUAACUAGAGAAAAUGUGAUAGAUAUAAAUUUAAGUGAUAUAUUCGAAAUGAAUAUAAUAAAUAUUAUAAAAUCUUUGCUUUAUAAUUAUAUAUUUCAUAAUGACGAAAUAAUAGUAGAAGCAUUAACAUUACUUAUUAUAAUAUUUGGAUGUUGUGAUCAAAAUGAAAAAAUCAAGCAAGACGUUGUAGAUGAAUUAUAUACAUGCACAGUUUAUAUGCUAAAAAAUAUAUGCCAUAAAUCAUGCGAAAAAAUAUACGCAUCAUUAAUUGUCCAAUUAAUCAUAUCCUUAUUAAGAACUAUUAUGAUAUAUGAUAUAUCUAAAUUAAAAAAUGAUUUACUUGAUAAUAUAGGAAUUGUGGAAAUGUUAUUAAAAUCUGUUGAAAAUGUCCCAAAUUUAAAUGGAGUUCGAGUUUGUUAUACUUUAGUAGUAUAUGGGUUAAAAAUGUUUUAUGUUUCAGCAUGCCAAUUAUAUGAAAAAUCCUUUUUAAGGGAACUUGAAACUAUAACUAACUAUUUAUCAAUUUGUAUAAAAAUGAGUGACGAAAGGAUAUUAUUUUUAACUAGUUCUAUAUGUAUAACUAUAUGUGAAAAUCAAGCAGGUAUAGACGUUUUACUUAAAACUGAUAUAUUGCACAAUGCUGUAAUCCUUUGUGAGUCUUCAAAUCCAGAUUUAGCAUUUGAAGCUUUAUCUAUUAUAUCAAAAAUUGCAUACGCAGCUAAUCAUCAGCAAAUAUGUAUACUUAUAUCUUGUAAUGUUAUAAAAGCUUUGAAAAAAAUUUUAAAUAAUACUAAAAUUAAACCUGGAGCUAGAGCAAGGGCGUGUAAUGCAUUAGGAAACAUUGGCUGUGAAACUACAUCAGAAGUUGAACUUUUAAUAAAAAACGACGUGUUCCCAUUAUUAGUCGAAAUCUUUCAAACUGAUAACGACUUUAACACAAAAAUUGAAGCUGCUUAUGCUGUAUGUGCAUGCUUGUCAAAAGCUAAUCAAAAACAAGUGGGGUAUAUUAUUUCAUGUACAGCUACUACAAAUCGAUUUGGGCAAAAUAUAUGUAUGCAACUUAUUGCUGAUAUGUUAGAAUUAGUUAGCGAAUCAGAUCCAAUGAAUAAUGGAAGUGUUAAACUCUGUAAAAGUAUAUUAAGAGGCUUAGAAAAUAUUCUAGAUAAAGGAGACGAUGAAACUAGAGAUCUUUCCCUAUGGGAAAAUCCAUAUGUCUUUAUGUUUAAAGAGGUUCAAGGGGAUAUUAAACUUUUGCAAAUGCAAUUCUUUCCGGAAUAUUAUGUAGUAAAUAAAACAUACGAUAUAUUAGCCAAAUAUUUUUCCUUAACAUCGACCUGGAACAACAGGAAGUAA